AACGCUCCGUUUUUGGCUGCAAAGGGAGCAGCACUUGGUGUGGAGAUGGGGAACAUGGACGGGAAAACCGUGGAGGAGCUGAGCACCACCGAGUGCCACCAGUGGUACAAGAAGUUCAUGACGGAGUGUCCUUCUGGCCAGCUCACCCUCUACGAGUUCAAACAGUUUUUUGGCUUGAAAAACCUGAGUCCGGCAGCGAACAAAUACGUUGAGCAAAUGUUUGAGACGUUUGACUUUAAUAAGGAUGGCUACAUAGAUUUUAUGGAAUAUGUGGCAGCUCUGAGCCUGGUGCUGAAGGGGAAGGUGGAUCAGAAGCUGAGGUGGUAUUUCAAGCUCUACGACGUGGAUGGGAACGGCUGCAUCGACCGGGCUGAGCUGCUGAACAUCAUCAAAGCCAUCCGAUCCAUCAACCGCUGUAACGAGAAGAUGACGGCGGAGGAGUUCACAGACAUGGUGUUCAACAAGAUCGACAUCAAUGGAGAUGGUGAGCUGUCCCUGGAGGAGUUCAUGGAGGGUGUGCAGAAGGACGAGAUGCUGCUGGACAUCCUGACCCGCAGCCUGGACCUGACACACAUCGUGAGGCUGAUCCAGAACGACGGCAAGAACCCACACGAGGCGGGGCAGGACGCCCAGGCUGCCCAGUAGCUGCAGGAUGCUGUCCCUGGCCUCCCCUGGCAGCUGGGCUGGGCUGGGGGCUGCAGCUCCCACGGACAGGCAGCGCUGAGAGGAGAGGUCUCUGCCAGGAGAGGGUCCCACACUGACCCUGCAUGGCCUCGGGGCCUCUGGACGCUGCUGCUGAGCUCGGGGAGGGGACAGCCGCUGCUGCCCGGGCAGGGCUCGAGGCUCUGCAGGUCAAGAACCCUCCGAGAACCCCAAAAUUCCCACCGAGGCCGUGGCUGACACCCCUCAGUGGGGUCCGGCCCCGGGGCUGCCCAGGACUUGGCCCCGGUGAGAGGGUCCUGGAAAAGCAGCUCCAAAGCUUCUCCUUCCUUUUGUAAUUGCAGAGCAAGCAAUCACCGGCUCUGGUCCCUCCUUCCCCCAUUCGUUAUUAUUUGGUCAGCAGUGAUUAGUGAUAACUGAGUUCAAGCGUUUAUGAGCUAGAGAAAGGGGAGGGGUGAAUGCAGUGGCUUUUCUUUGUCUAAAAGCGUUAAAAACAUCGAAUGGUGCCUUUUUUUAACAACCCCCCCGGACUGUAAGGAAACGUUUCUCCCUGAGGCAUCUGGAAGGAAGGAAGCCCUUCCAGAUAAGCAGAAUCAUCAAUGCAGAAACCGAGAGGGAGAUGAUUCCUGCACGUUUUACCACCUGGAAAAGGAGCAGUGGGAGGCUUUGACCCCCGUGUCUGUGUGGGGUUUGGGGGGAGCUGCUACAGAGGGGUGAGACUCAGCUCAGAGCCCCCAUGGGUGCCCGAGGAUUCCUGCUGGGUGCCCCGGCUGGGGUCGGGGCAGGGGCUGGGGUUCAGCCCCCGCAGCCUCUGGAGCCGCUGGAUGCUCCUCAGCUCUGAGCCCCAGGCGUGCUGAGGCAGCCCAGGACACCAGCGAGCAUCUCUUGCCCAGCUGAGAGUUCUGUUAUUUAGCACUGGGUGUUUGCA